ACAGUGAGAGAAGGACCUGGGAACACAGAGCUCCUCAGAGAAGGAUGCCACAGCUGAACCUGUCCUGGCUGGGCCUGGGGCCUGCAGUAGCCUCCCUGUGGCUGCUCCUACCCCUGGCUGGGGCCUCUUGCCUCCUGGCUUACGUCCUGGUCCAGGGUUACACUGCCUAUGAAACCUCUCAGCGCCUUCGCUGUUUCCCUCAGCCUCCCAAACGAAACUGGCUCUUGGGUCACCUGGGCCUGAUCCAGGCCUCAGAAGAAGGGCUCCUGUACAUCCAGAGCCUGGUGCGAGCCUUCAGGGAUGUAUGCUGCUGGUGGGUGGGGCCGUGGCAACCCGUUGUCCGCAUAUUCCACCCUGCCUUCAUCAAGCCUGUGCUCUUGGCUUCAGCUGCAGUUGCUCCCAAGGAUGCAGUCUUCUACAGUUUCCUGAAGCCCUGGCUGGGAGAUGGUCUCUUGGUGAGCACUGGUGUUAAGUGGAGCCGCCACCGUCGCAUGCUGACACCUGCCUUCCAUUUCAAUAUCCUGAAGCCGUACGUAAGGAUUUUCAAGGACAGCACCAACAUCAUGCAUGCCAAGUGGCAGUGCCUAGCCUCCAAGGGAAGUGCCCGUCUGGACAUGUUUGAACACAUCAGCCUCAUGACCCUGGACAGUCUGCAGAAGUGUGUCUUCAGCUUCAACAGCAAUUGCCAGGAGAAGCCUAGUAAGUACAUCGCUGCCAUCUUGGAACUUAGUGCCUUAGUGGCCAGAAGGCACCAGAAGCUGCAUCUGCAUGUGGACCUGUUCUAUCACUUCACCCGGGACGGGAUGCGCUUCCGGAAGGCCUGCCGCCAGGUGCACGACUUCACCAAUGCCGUCAUCCAGGAGAGGCGUCACACCCUUCCUGAUCAGGGUAAAGAUGAUGUCCUCAAGGCCAAGGCCAAGGCCAAGACUUUGGACUUCAUUGAUGUGCUGUUGUUGAGUAAGGAUGAACAUGGAAAGGCACUGUCUGAUGAGGACAUCCGAGCAGAGGCCGACACCUUCAUGUUUGGAGGCCAUGAUACCACGGCUAGUGGGCUCUCCUGGGUCCUCUACAACUUGGCAAGGCACCCAGAAUACCAGGAGCGAUGCCGGCAGGAGGUGCGGGAGCUCCUGAGGGACCGGGAACCUGAGGAGAUUGAAUGGGACGACCUGGCGCAGCUGCCCUUUCUCACCAUGUGCAUCAAGGAGAGUCUGCGGUUGCAUCCCCCGGUCACUGCUAUCUCCCGCUGCUGCACUCAGGACAUUGUGCUCCCAGAUGGUCGGGUCAUCCCCAAAGGUGUCAUCUGCCGAAUAAGUAUUUUCGGGACCCAUCACAAUCCAGCUGUGUGGCCUGACCCUGAGGUCUAUAACCCCUUCCGAUUUGAUGCAGACAGCUCCAAGGGUAGGCCAUCCCUGGCUUUCAUUCCCUUCUCCGCAGGGCCCAGGAACUGCAUAGGGCAGACUUUUGCCUUGAGCGAGAUGAAGGUGGUGCUGGCGCUGACCCUGCUGCGCUUCCGCGUCCUGCCGGACGAAAAGGAGCCACGCAGGCAGCCAGAGCUGAUCCUGCGCGCAGAGGGCGGGCUAUGGCUGCGGGUGGAGCAGCUAAGAACGUAGUGACCCCACACCUGGCCUGGGACCACCCCCAUCCCGCGAGCAUUUCCAGCAAUA